CGUCCUUCAUCUGACUUUGAAAAUUUUCUCGCCUAGGUUUGCGCUCAAUAUUUCUCAGUUAUCACAGUCGAUUCCUUGCUGGCAAGCCGAUAGUGAAUAAAUAAACAAAAAGUUAACCAUGUCGAAGAUUGGUAUCAACGGAUUUGGACGCAUCGGUCGCCUGGUGCUCCGUGCCGCUAUCGACAAGGGCGCCACCGUGGUGGCGGUGAACGAUCCCUUCAUCGAUGUCAGCUACAUGGUAUACCUCUUCAAGUUUGACUCCACCCAUGGACGUUUUAAGGGCACCGUGGCCGCCGAGGGCGGUUUCCUGGUGGUCAACGGCCAGAAGAUCACCGUCUUCAGCGAACGCGACCCGGCCAACAUCAACUGGGCCAGCGCUGGUGCCGAAUACGUUGUGGAGUCCACUGGCGUUUUCACCACCAUCGAGAAGGCAUCUACUCACUUGAAGGGCGGUGCCAAGAAGGUCAUCAUCUCGGCCCCAUCUGCCGAUGCACCCAUGUUCGUCUGCGGCGUCAAUUUGGAUGCCUACAGCCCGGACAUGAAGGUGGUUUCGAAUGCCUCGUGCACCACCAACUGCCUGGCUCCCCUGGCAAAGGUUAUCAACGACAAUUUCGAGAUUGUGGAGGGUCUGAUGACCACCGUCCAUGCCACCACUGCUACCCAGAAGACCGUGGAUGGACCCUCUGGAAAACUGUGGCGCGACGGACGUGGCGCUGCCCAGAACAUCAUCCCAGCUUCCACUGGAGCUGCCAAGGCUGUUGGCAAGGUUAUCCCGGCUCUCAACGGCAAGUUGACUGGCAUGGCUUUCCGUGUGCCCACCCCCAAUGUGUCGGUUGUCGAUUUGACCGUCCGCCUGGGCAAGGGAGCAAGCUAUGACGAGAUUAAGGCCAAGGUCCAGGAGGCUGCCAACGGACCUCUGAAGGGAAUUCUCGGUUACACCGACGAAGAAGUCGUCUCUACCGAUUUCCUCAGCGACACUCACUCGUCGGUCUUCGACGCCAAGGCUGGCAUUUCGCUUAACGACAAGUUCGUUAAAUUGAUCUCUUGGUAUGACAACGAGUUUGGAUAUUCCAACCGCGUCAUCGAUCUGAUCAAGUAUAUGCAAACCAAGGAUUAAAUGAUUAAAUAACCACCCGCACAUAUUGAAGUUAGUAGCGCGGUAAAUUAAGCGAGACAUCAGAAAUACCCAGAAAUGGCAUCAAAUAAUGCUAAUGCUCCCCGGUGGAGCAUCACUAUGCGCAAUUUAAUAUGCUUCUGUUUUUGCUCUUUAAUUUGCCAGCAACAUUGGAAAAAUUUGAAUACAUACAUCCAUAUACACAUAAAUAUGUUAACUGUUGUUGAAUAAAAUUUCACUCUGUGUGUAGUUGUAAAAAUAUCCAGUUAAAUAUUAGCAUUUAAAUAUUA